GCGCCCCCUUACCCGAGGGCGUCUCCAUUUUGGCUGUGGGUGGAAGCAGCCGGAGCGAGUGGAUUAUCGGUGCGGAGUCAUCAGUUCCCGGAGGGCCGAUCGGCUCACCGCACUUCCUCACUCCCUUCCUCUGCCCGCAGAAGCCGGGGGCACGCAUGGCGGGCUUGGAGGUUCUGUUCGCGUCGGCGGCGCCGGCGAUCACCUGUGCGCAGGACGCGCUGGUCUGCUUCCUGCACUGGGAGUUGGUGACGCGCGGCUACUACAGCGUGGGUGCCGGCGAGCAGACAUGUCAACACUGCAGAUCUGCUUCUACCACUCGUCCCUCUCGCAUCCUGUCAGCAACUCUGAUUCACUUCGACAGCUUAGCUUAUUGCCUCCUUCCAGCCAGCAUCAUCCCCUUUGCCAUAUACUCGGGACCCCAAAAUUUUCAGCCAGUUCCCAGUGAUAAGAAAUCAGAACUGCUGCCUGUCGGAUGGAACAACAAUAAAGACCUGUACGUCCUCCGGUAUGAGUCGAAGGAGGGGUCCAGAAAGCUCCUUAUGAAGGCUGUCACUGUGGAGAAGAGCAUGAUCAUCAAUGUGCUGGAAUAUGGCUCACAGCAAGUGUCAGAUUUGACCCUCAACUUGGAUGAUUAUAUCGAUUCAGAAAACCUGCUUGACUUCCACAGGACCUACAGGAACAGUGAGGAACUUCGGUCUCGUAUUGCAUCUGAAAUCAUCACACCUCUCCACGAGCCUUGGGACAAGGCUAGUGUAAGCAGUCCCCAUCGGGAGUUUCCGCCUGCCACUGCCAGAGAGGUGGACCCACUCCGGAUUCACCCACAGCACCCACACAUUAGCCGGCCUCCUUCCUGGUGUGAUCCCCUGGGCCCAUUUGCUGUCGGGGGAGAGGACCUAGACCCCUUUGGGUAUCGGAGAGGUGGCAUGAUUGUGGAUCCUCUGAGAUCUGGCUACCCAAGAGUACCUAUUGACCCAUCCUCCGGCCUCCCAAACCGGCUUCCUCCAGGCGCUGUGCCCCCAGGAGCGCGCUUUGACCCCUUUGGACCCAUUGGGACCAGCCCAGCUGGCCCGAGGCCUGACAGAUGUGGUCAGUGAUGAACCUUAUGCUGGAGUGGAGAGAGCACCAUAGAGCACCAGGCUCAGACGCAAGACAUCAAAGCACUAGUCACUUUGGCUCCACAACUAGCAUUUCAGCCAUGUUUGGGUCCUUUCACUUCUCAGCUCCUUGGGUUCCUUCCCCUAAAUUAGGACAUAUUAUUUCUCUGUGGGCAGGGGCUACCAGAGCCUUUCUGAGGUAUCUGCUAAUGUGCUAUAGCCUGGGACUCCCUGUUUGCCCUGCCGGAGAGUGGGUUAGGGGUAAAAUAAAUUGGCCCAUAGGCCCACGGUCAACCUAAGAUGUGGAGGCUGGGCCAGGGUGGAGAGGCUAGCAUGAGUGGGCUCUCUGGGCAUUUCUGGCAGACCCCAUCUCUAGCACUGACCUAGUAAAAGACCAGCUUGGUCCUUUAGAACACGUGUGCUCUGGAGAAGGGCCCAGGGUCAGGCAGAGCUGCAAAUGUAGUCAUCAAUCCUAGUUUGCUUCCCCAGGGGCCAGCAAAGAUGGAAUGUUUUUGUUUUGCAGUUGGCUCAUACCUGCUACCAGAACGACAUAGGCAAUUUACUCAUAAAAGCAUCCUUUACUCUAAAAGGAGGCUUAAAGGAACAUCUGAGCAGAGACCAUCUGACAAGCAGGGAAGGGGGGUAGAUCACUUUUUGGACCCUGACUCAAAGAAAAGACAAGAUCAAAACAGUAAAUUUGCCACUUAGUUUUACUAGUAGCAAAGGUCGAAAGGAUAGUCCAAUACAUACUCUGUUUUCUGAAAACAGAAACUUAGUGAUUCAUCUGAAGAAUCGGCCAUUUUUGUGUGUGGGUCUCCUUGCAUCAAGGACAUUGAGUAACACAGAUGAUGUCUUAGUUCCAUAGGGGCUUUUAGGAACUUCCAGGUCAAGCUGUCUGUGCUUGUAGUCGGGCCACAUCCUUGCUUCCAGCCAUAAGUAAUUGCCAAGCAGCAAAUGGGAAUGGUUCGGGUUUGUUUUUUGGAACCUUAAGGUUGGAGCCUUAAUAAAUAUCAGCACUUAA